AUGGGGCAGGCACUCAGAGCCACUCAGAUGAAGAAGGUGGGCAUUACAGGAGCUACCGGGCGGUUGGCGACAAUCCUCAUUCGCCAACUGAAGGAUGAAUACCAACUGAAGCUGUUCUCUUUUGAGAAGCCCGAGUGCACCGACGCUGAAACGCUGCAGACCGAAAAGGAGACCUACGACACCACUGUCGUCGACCUCAGCGACCGCGACCAAGUCAAGGGUCUGUUCGAGGGCUUGGACGUCGUGAUCCACCUCGCGGCCUACUCUCUGGCCGUGCCCUUCCCUGAGCAAGGACCGCACGUGGUGUUCAAGAACAACGUGGAGGCGACUUACCAUGUCCUGGAGGAGUGCGUACGCGCCAACGUGAAGCGGUAUCUGGAGGACAGAUUCAUCUUCGCCUCGACCAACCACACGCAAAAUGGGUCCAUGUGUGCCGAUCCUGCCAAGCCUGAAUCGCUGGACGUGGCCCGCAUCAAGCCCGGAACAGACUUUGUCUUCCCUGACUCGCUCUAUGCCGUGUCCAAGACCUGCGGCGAAGACCUGUGCAAGCUCUUCUCGCUCCACAAGCGCAUCGCGACGGUGGUGUUCCGCAUCGGAUGGAUCAGAUUGAACGAUGAUCCCUCCGACUUGAAGGGCACUAUCAACGAAGCUUACAUGCGGGCAAUGUACCUGUCGCAGCGCGACGCCGGUAACUUCUUCAGGAAGGCGAUUGAGGGCGAGAUGAAGCCUGCCGCUAGUGGCAUUCCCUUCAUGAUCGCCUACGCCGUCAGCAACAACGACGCCAGGGUCUACGACCUCGAGGAGACCAUCGCCACCCUCGGCUAUGUCCCUCAAGACAACUCUGAGGCCUACUUCCAGUAG